AUGGAGAUAUCUAAGGGCCUGCAGAAGGAAAUUGUUUUGGUACAAAAUAAAUUGAAGAACGCCAUUUGUGAUCAUCAGAAUGCAGAUAUACGUGGACAAAUACAGCAGAUUCAGCUCAACAUCGUUUCCCUCGGGCGAUGCCAGAAGCAAGUUGUCGAGCGAUUGCGCAAAGAAGUCGAGGGAUACCAGGCGCAGAAUGAUAAAGGCGUUAAACUUUCAGUAGCUUCGCUUUUGGGUUUAACUAAUAAUAACAAUAACAUAAACAAUAACAACCAUGCCAGCAGCAAUAACAACAAUCACUUCACGCCAAAUAAUGAUCAGGAUAAGGAUGAUGUUCUCCAGGUCAAGGUUCAAGCUAAUGGAUUAGCCAAACAAAAUGAUAGUAAUGAAAAAGAAGAAAGUACAAUAAACGAAAAUGAUGUAAAGGCGCCUGUUGAUAAAUUAGAGUUACACCAGACUGAAUUUCUCGAUAAACUUGGUCUUAUAACAAUAUCUAACUUUGAUAAGUUACAAAGUAAAAAAGCAGAAAGAAAACGCAGAAGUCGCGCUAAUCCCCAGUUUGUUUGUUCUAAUUGGGAAUUACCGACGAAGAAAAAGAGACACUCGUACUUACAAUCAGGGAACGCGCCUCAGACGAGGCAAACGACGGCGAGACUCAAUGGACCCUCGCCGCCUCCGCCACCGCCAACGGCGACGUCAUCUGGCCACAAAGUUCAAAAAUCUCAGUCGGUGACAAAGAGCGUAGCUGGUUCUCCGCCACCCUCGCCAUCAUCGUCUUCCUCAUCGCAGUCGUCGAGCUCAAAGUCACUUCUACCUGCUCAAAAGCCCUCGGGAAAGCCAAAUAUUCUUCGGAAUUUGAAUGAAACACUUGCUCAUGGUGGCUGUAACAAAACACUAGAAAAUGGUAGCAAAAGCCAAACAAUUACUUCUAAUUCAAACUCUGUUAAAAGUUCGCCGUCAAAGGUUAUGAAUAUACCCGGGUUGCCGUCAAGUCUCACUAUUGAGAAAAUAGAAAAUGAUGUUGUAUGCAUACAUUGUAGGAGUCCAGAGGAAAAAGAGCGAGAAAGAUACGAGCAGCGAGAACGAAACGCGGAUCUAAGAUUGCAGGUUUAUGAGAUGGAAAAACGAUCCCAGCUGCUCGGCCAGUCACUUCAGGCGCUAGAAAAUAAAAUGGUGGAGAUAUCACUGGGUCCAGCACCGAUUGAAGCAAGAGCUGCUGAGCAAGCAGGAGAAGACCCAGAAGUCAAUAAAGAGACUGGUGGAUUUCAUAAAAUUGAUGCAACAACCCCCAGCUUCAACUCAAACUUCGGGGUCCAGCAGCUGCCACCAUCAAUCCAGCUCAUCCCCAUCGGCUCGGGGCCGCUCUCCAGCACCAACAUCACCCAGUCCAACCACUCGCUGUUCGCAGGUCCGCUCAACAUCUCCAACAACUUCAUCGGCGGGCCAUCGAACGAAAACGCCGUCACCUAUUCGCCCGUCAUCAUCAACCAGUUCCCCUCGCAGCAGCCCUGCAUCGGGCCCUACAUGCAGCCGGACCCGCGACUCACUUACAACUACGGUGUCCCCAUUGUCAGUUCCUCAGACCACCACCAUCACCACCACCACCAUCAACAACACCAUCACCAUCAACAACAUCACCAACACCAGCAGCAGCAUCAGCAACAGCAACCACAUUCGUUUCUUAUCAUCAAAAAGCUAUCCGAUCCUUGUGUCGGUGGACUCGUCACCCGCUACCCAACCCAACCUCCGUGCCCAUCAACCAUCGGCUACAGUCUGCCAAUCUCCUCGGGACCAGCAAUCGCCAUCUACGACCAACGACUCGCCGAGGGCCACCCAGGUCUAUUCUACGAGCAAUUCUCCGCGAAUCGGCUCAUCGCCGAGCCCCAGCGACCCAACCGGCAGCCCACUAGCCGCGCAGUGCCCAGACUCAACCGUAUUCCAGUGUAUGACUCGCAAAAUUCCAGCACUAAGAAUCCAAGUGCACCAGCUGGACCAACUAACCGAAAACGACGUAAGCAUUACGUACGUAAAAACCGAGACAAAAAGCAAAAAGGAUCAGUGGAGAGUGCCAGUGACAAAUCCAAGUCCAGCAGCGAAGCCAGUGGUGUCUUGCGAGGAGAGACCGAGCCUGCCGAUAACCUCCCCGAUGAUCGGCAGCAAAGAGAUAUCGAUAUCCAGCCUGGGUCAAUUGUCGAGCGACUGUACCGGAGACUCGCUGAAGGCCAAGAGCCAGCCGACUCUCCGGCAAAGGGACUCUCCUCCGAGCGAGCUGACAGAGACGAGCACUUGAAAUUGGAAGAAGCGCAUUUAUCAGCGCCACUUGCAGCAAACUUAGUCUCUUCUCUGACCAGCGACCGCCCUCACUCCUGCCCGAUUGUCAAGGGGAGUCUCUACGGCGGGAGUCUUAAAGUCGACUCUAAUAACAAAGAGAAUGAUAACAAAAACGAAAACGAACAAGGGUGCAAGGUAGUAUCCAGACCCGGUCGCAGGAGUCUUGACUCCCUGCAAGCUGAUCUGACGAACACCUGUCGGCUCUGGACUCCCGUUCGCAACCAGGAUAAUAAUAUUAAUCAAGAGACUGACAAGGACUUCGAGCCGCCCUCUGCUGAAGACACUCUAACCGGUGAUGAAAAUGACGAUCCAGAGUCCGGAAGGCUGGAGAUCGAAUUAGCUGAUGAAGAGGAGGAGGAGGAGGAGGAAGAAGCCUCAGACUCCCCGGAUAAUAUCGACGAAGAAGCUAUUGUCUCUUCUAUUGACAUGACCGUGCUCGAAGACUUUGAAUCUGCCAUGCGGGCUGAAGAAUGCGGCACUGCUGGCAGUUUAUUAGAAUCUUAA